AUGUUACGGGCGUCCUCAGAGCUCUUUCUCUUUCUCAAUAGGAAACCCCGAUUGACAAGAACUCAAAGUGCCUUUUCUCCGGUUGCUUUCAGCCCCCUCUUCACAGGUGAAACUGUGUCACUAGUGGAUGUGGACAUCUCCCAGCGAGGACUGACCUCGCCUCACCCUCCGACUCCUCCACCUCCACCACGGAGAAGCCUCAGCCUGCUAGAUGAUAUCAGUGGGACGCUGCCUACAUCUGUUCUAGUGGGUCCGAUGGGGUCUUCCCUGCAGUCUUUCCCUCUGCCUCCGCCUCCUCCACCCCAUGCCCCAGAUGCGUUUCCCCGGAUCGUCCCGUUCAGACCGUCCGAGGCAGUGAUCAGCCAGACCACCCAGCAUCUUCACUGUCCUCUCUACCGACCAGACUCGAGCAGCUUUGCAGCUAGCUUGCGAGAACUGGAAAAGUGUGGUUGGUAUUGGGGACCAAUGAACUGGGAAGACGCAGAAAUGAAGCUGAAGGGGAAGCCAGACGGAUCCUUCCUGGUCCGAGACAGUUCCGACCCUCGUUACAUCCUGAGCUUAAGCUUUCGAUCGCAGGGGAUCACCCAUCACACCAGAAUGGAGCACUACAGAGGAACCUUCAGUCUGUGGUGUCACCCCAAAUUUGAGGAUCGCUGCCAGUCUGUGGUGGAGUUUAUAAAGAGAGCGAUCAUGCACUCAAAAAAUGGGAAGUUCCUUUACUUCCUGCGAUCCAGGGUUCCAGGUCUCCCUCCAACGCCUGUCCAGCUCCUGUAUCCUGUCUCCAGGUUCAGCAACGUCAAAUCCCUCCAGCACCUUUGCCGCUUCCGGAUCAGGCAACUUGUCCGCAUAGACCACAUUCCAGAGCUCCCACUGCCCAAGCCGUUGAUCUCCUACAUCCGGAAGUUCUAUUACUACGACCCCCAAGAGGAGGUGUAUCUGUCGCUGAAGGAAGCUCAGCUGAUCUCAAAACAGAAGCAGGAGACUGAAUCCUUGACGUAGCGAGGCUGCCGCGCCCAUCUUGUCACGGUCACGGACGGAAUUUGCUUGCUGAGAUCCUGUAGCAAAGAGCCUAAGCAAAGCUACAGUAGAAAGGAGGCGCGGGAAGGGGGAAGCCUGCCUCUUUCCUCCUCUGAAGAGGCUUCCGGACUCCUAAGAAGCCCAGCAGAACGGAAAUUGGAGCUCUGGCUUGGGGAUGGAGCCUUUGACAGCAAGCGAACUGGAUCCCAGACUCGUCGCAGAACGGCGAAUGUCACGGCACUGGUUACGAUUUCAGUUUUUAUUUUUGAUGUUUCCGUUUCUCAGCAUGGGAAAUACUGUCUUUAAGAGCAGCUGGAUUUUAGUCCACCGCAGAUUCAAGGGUGAGGGAAGAGAGGGAUCUCGCAGCAAGAUCAUCCAAUCCAGCCAUCCUGGGAAAACUGCUCUUUGGCUACCAUCCAUGCGGCUGUGGCCAAAGAGCUGCGGGGAAGGAGACUGAGCCAGAUUCGUGUGCAGCUACGUAGAAUAAUUGUGGGUGGGGGGAGGGGAGGUGCUAGCGCUCUAAACAGUGCAGCUGCGUAGACCCUGUGCUUUCUAGGAGACGGUGCAAGAGCCCAACCUAGCCUGGAGUCGCCGAGUGGUCCUGUGCGCUUUCACAUCCUACCCAAGGAGGGGAACUGUGCGCGCUCCAUUCAAAUGUUCUGAAGCCUUCUGCCAGCGGACUAGCUUGUAGCAUUGAGGGGCAAGAGGCUAUCAGCCACCCAGCACAUGCCAGAAGAUGUAGCCCAAGAGUUUUUCGGGCUAAAGUCCUUUACAGUUCCUCCUGUGAUAGCUGUGGAAUCUGGCAAAGCUGUUGUGUCUAAAUUCCAGCAAUCCGUGAGCCAAGGGCAUUCCUGCCUCACUGAAGCCGUCUCAGCACUGCAGAGCCACAGGGAGUUUUGUUCAGGCCUCUGUGCUGGCUACUCCCAAAAGCUGUGAAUGAAAUGGCUUUUUCAUCAAAGGAGCCGUGUCGAAUCCUGACGACUAAUUGCGAAGGCUGUUGUGGGGCAUCUCUCCGACUCAACGGACGGGGAACCAAUUUUUGACCCUGACCGUGGGUUAGGUGGGAUGAUGCAGGAGAGAAGGAUGAUCCCAACAUACUUGGAGACGGCUUCCUGAUCUUCCUGUGAGGGUGAUGCUCUGUAUUUCUGGUGAUGAACUAGAACGUGAUCUGGGAGGAUUGCAGCCCAGAACAAUUCCUGCAGAUGGGGCCAGUAACAGGAGAGCUAAAAGAGUGUUGCUUCUACUGUAUUUGCCAUGUGGCUCUUAAAUUUUCCAUGGCUUACUGGGUUUGGCACUAGUAAUAGCUCUCUCAUCUCAAGGAGCCUGGUCUGCUGCUGUCUUCACAGCUACUAAGGAGUUGUUUUCAUAGCAAAAUGUAGUGUCUGCCCUUUGGUGGGGAUGAGGCCCUUCUAAGGAGGGAUCUCGCGUCCUGUAUAGUUAAACUAAAAAUUCCUCUCCGCGUGACUGCUGCCCACUCCCCUCCCAGCAGUGUGGUGGUCUGGAAGUUGUGAUGUUUGUGUCUGGCACUCGGGCUGCGGUCUUCUAACCUGGCAUCCUUUCGCUGAGGUCUGAGUGUCCCCUACGUUGGAUGUAGCAGUUCGUGAGAAUUUAGGAUUCGCACCGUUCCUUAAGGAAUGAUGUACAUAUUGAGGUUAGAGAGAGUAGCAUGAAAUCUGCCUCGCUCUCUGUAAAGAGUUCCUCUAGAGCAGGCUGGAGGCCAGGGCUCUUCCUUUCCUGUGUAAAUGAGAACAGCUUCACUUCCGGAUGAAACCACAACAAGGCUUAAGCAGUCUCUAGAAAUACCUCAUCUGAAAACAUUUGCUACUGAAUCUGCAUCCCGUUGGUGGUUACCUACGUGGGCAGGGGGUAGCAGAGAGGGAUGAAUACCCUCUUAGACUGGUCAUUUACAGUACGUCUACACUGCCUUUUCCGCUCUUCUCCCCCCCCCCCCAAAAAAAAACAAAAAACAACCAACCCAUGACUGCAAGUCUCGGCGCCUGGGUCAGGCUAUGGAGGCUAAAAAUAACAGUGUAGAUGUUCGUUCUUUGUGCUGGUGUUCAAGCCCCGAGACCCACCUCCCUGGCCAGGUUUCAGAGCCCAAGCGGGAACGUCUGUUGCUAUUUUUAGCCCCGUAACGCAAGGCAGAGCCAGUUGAUCUGGGCUCUGAGACGUGCUACUUUGGGUUUUAUUGCAGUGUAGACAAAGCUGUCGCAUGUCUUGUUCCCCUGUGAAAUCUGGGCUCUUUAGGUCCAUAGCACAACAUGACCCACCAGCGAGGCUCCAGAAGUUUAAUCUCUCUCAUAAACCCUACGUCCCCCCCCCACCAGCCGGAGAUUUGCAGUUCACAUAUAGUCAUGGGCCUGGUUAAGAUCAAGGAGCGCACAGCAAAUUGGGACGAAUGAUGCACAGCUUGAAAAUCCAGCCGUGCCGCUGGGGUGCACAAGACUGAUUUGCAUCUUCCUUUACAGUGGGAGGGGGCCUGGAUGUGACAGCAAUCCCUAGAUGCGUAGCCCCUCUAGCUUUGAUACAGCUCAUCCUAGCCAUGGAUUAAGAAUCCAAAUAUUCAACCUCCAGCGAAUUCAUACACUGGAAAAAAUCUGCUUCCCUGGAGUGACUGCAAAGGAGGAUCCGACACCUCCAAAAUGUCUGUAAACUUAUGUGCCGCUGCAGACUAACAGCUCAUUAACCUUCCCUCUAAUUGGACCGCUCUGAGAGGCACUGGAUUGGGAGAGCAAUGCAGAGUGUGAAGGGGCUGGCUGUUGGACUCCAAUGGUCCCUUGUUUUCCGCCAGCCAUGGGGAACAGCUGCAAUCAACAUGGGUCUGGGAGACUUGUGGAUCUGCUUGUAAAGAGAGUGGGGGGAGGACCUAUCCUCCUCUUCCCCCCCCCCCCUUAAAUUUGGAAGACGUCUGUGCUGUUUCUCACAUACCUCCCACCCAGUUCUUUCUGGAGCAGAUAAAGAGUCAAGCUGUCAAAUUGAUGCUGGAUUUGGAGAAGCAAGGUGGAGACUUAAAUAGGCAGGCUGGAAAAAGAAGAGGAAAUGUAUUUGGAAUGGCCAAACACUGAAAUAACCUGUAGAAUGAACUACUAUCCCUGAAUGGGGUUGCCUCGGGGGGGAAAUCUUUUUUUUUUGAGGGGGGCGGGAUAAAAACGCACAAAUCUACACCCCAGCAUUGGCUGGUUUAAAGAGAAAUGCUGAUCUCAACUAUUUGACCUCUUAAUUCUCUGGCAUGUUAAUUCUCCACUUCACUCUCCUUUUUUAAGCCCGAUGCAACUACUGAGGACUUGUUCCCGCUGAGCCAUGGAGUCCUAGGGCAGGUCAUAUACAUAAAACAUCCAGGAGCAGUCCAAGAAGCAGCGUGACUUUUUGAAAUGCUGUUGCAUCUGUAUUGGGUCUGCUGUAAGCAUCCUCGAAAAGGAAUUUCCCCCAUGGGCUGUUUGGCAAUUUCUGCUGGUACUUGAAACUUGAACGCUGCAGCGGGUGAGCGUUCUAGCCGGAUGGUGGUCGGCUAACAAGGGCUGUGGCUUGCAUCCUUGAGCUGCUGGUCAGAGAUGCUUUAUAUUCCUCUGCCUGGUGACCGGGAUUCCUUGGUAUGGAAUGGAAUGCUGUCCGCUACUGAGCAUAGGAGGUGCCGCUGUUCGGGGAAGCCUCAGUCUUACCAACAGGUAUCCCAAAAGCACCUUGCAAGAGUCGGAAGCUUAUCACAAUUUUACUAGCCUGUACCAUUUCCAUGGAGAAAUCUGUCCGCAAAUUACUCUGGGCAAGUAUAAUUUGUAAGGCUCAACUUUAGUUGCCUUCAACAAUAGGAAACUCCAGCAAACUGUUCCCACGGGCUUGCAGGGUUCUGCAUGCUAAUCUGUAAAUGGGCUAAUCUGAAGCAGGUCUCUUCUUACGCAAGAUCAUUUUAGUGAUCUGUGAAUGGAGGCAGGCGUAGCAGCAACACACUACGUGUAAGGGUGACAGGGUGCUACACACCUGUCCUAUAAAUUUACCCCCCCUCCGCAUUUCUCUGGCAUAGCCAAGCGAAGGGAGGCACACAUACUGCAUAACCAUUCUGCUGCCUCUUUAGUAUCGCUUGGAUAACAUUCCCGACACUCGUGCAGUAAAUAAGAACGCUUUUGAAAUCCAUGUUGAAAAGAAGUUUGUUCAUAUUGAAAGCACCUCUUAUCACUUCAGGGCUAGGUUUCUGAGCCGGUAGCUUUUCCUGCUGGAGGGAUGGGAACAUCAUGGACUCCUGAGGCAGCUGUAAAUGUUUUUUCCUGCUCCAAUUCAGAGACUAUCAAGGUCUGAGGGGAAUGGACAGAGCCAUCUCUCCAAGUGGGCACUGUUCUUCCUUACUGGAUGUAGCAGGCCUGUGGAUGGAGAUCUUAUAGGUGACCUGUCCCUAGUUCCCAUUUGGUCAGUGAUCCCUGUCCACAUGUAGGGAGGAACAUUUCACAUUUUUAUGAGACUAUUUUGUUUUCCUUGUAGGUUAGUGGGCUUAUCUAGAUUUAAAGGGACACGAUCAAUUUGAUUCUCUUAAAGUUACUUGAAGCGUUCUUUAGUGUCCUGAUCUCUGAUUCCUUUAAGAAAAAGUAAGUUUGAUAAGUUUAUAAAUAGGAUUAUAUGAUGGGUUUGCCUGCGCUAGCAGGGGACUGGAUGAGAUGACCCAAGGAGGCCCCUUAGAGUCCUGUAACCAUGGGGUUUUUCUGCUGCAGAUUAUUGGGGCCCUAUUUAGUAAGGGAGAAUUUGAUUAUUGAUGGGGCGAGGGAGAUGGACAGUGAAAUUGACUAAUACUAAAGUGCCGUCAAAUGCACAAAUUAAAGUUGAAAGAAAUCUCUUCCAUGAUCUUUUCACACGCAUGCUGAUCUUUGAUGAUGUAACUACAGCUGGUACAAAAUUUCCAGUCAAACAUAUUCAAGUUGACAAGGUGUCUUUAACGGUAGUUAGCUCAAACACCAAAUUUGUCCCGUUGCAUACGUCGCCAUCUUUCUGUUCACGGCAGCAGAGUCUAUAGGUAGUGAGACGACGUGACUUGCUCCUGGGGAGUAAACUUUUUUAAAUAAAAAAGGCAACUGUUUUUUGAGCAUCAGGUGCAAUUUACUUAUGAGAGUGUCCUGGUGUUAAAGCAGCUCUGAAUCUUUGGAGGAAGAGGGAAGAACAUAGUUGAUGUCCCCACUGGUGGUACGCUGCAGACAUUUUCACUAGUGAGACAUUAGUUUAGGAAGCCAGCUGUCAGCAGUAGGGUCAGCAGGGAGCUCAGGAUUUGACCUGUGAGGCUCCCAUACUUAAGUUGAAAACUAAGAGUGUAGAAAUUUUGAAGACCUCUUCUCUGAAGGGGAAACAGUGCAAGGAGGCGGAGCUCAAAAUCAAAUGGUGUUUCAAAUAUUUGGCUCAGUCUUCAAACUGUAAAUAACCAUCCCAUAUCCCUUUACAGUGAGUUCAGUACGCAAGAGCCCAAAUUGUCUCGUUCACAGCGUGACACUUCUGGCUAGGGCCUUCUCUAAAGGGCUCCCCAUGUUGCAUGCCGAGCCCAUUUCCCCACUCCUAGUUAUGACCUGGUGCCUGCCGUCAAAUGACACGGAGACAGCUCUUUUCUUCAGUGGCUUAAAGAGUUAAAGUGGUUGACUUAACCAAGCGAAUCUCAAGAGGCCCUGUAGUCCUGUUUACCCAGUCAGAGACUAAGCCCCCUCCAUCCAAAUGAAGUCAGUGGAAGCAGAGCGCUCAACAUCUUAGUGUUCAUUCCUCAUCAGGGGCUUGUGCUACUGGGCCCCUCUGGCAAUUGGGCUUGUACCUCUUUGGCAACACCAGCCAGGUAGGUGGUCGCGUAUCUUGUAGGAUAGACAAGUACAUAAGCUCAGUGUAGAGGCUUCCAACAGCUGUUUGUGGAUCUGAGCAGGGUGGUGGAAUUCUAGUGCAGGUGAUGGCCAGCGGUGGGAUUUUUCUAGCUCACGGUAGGGCCGGCAAUGAGGGAAUCCAGGCAGCAGAGUUCCCUAAACAUACAGGGUGUGGGAAAAAUUAGGUUGUGCCCUUUCUCGAUUCUUCAGAAUUUAUAAAUAAAGCCUCCAGUUUGGCUUGUAUCCUACCAUUAAAAUCACUGUCAGGUUUAGGCCUCCCUGUUGGAACACUCAUUGGAGGUCUCGGAUGUGCAUUCAGCUGUCUCAUCUUUCAGUUGAACUUUAAACCAAUGAAGCAUUUCAUAGGAGGCUUUUUUGAAAACACCCUGAAUAGAAAUCCCUUCCCUCUUUCAAUCAGGUGUCACUUGGCUGACCGCUGAUGCCACGUCUUCUAGGUAAAACAGGGUAGACCAGACCUGAAGUUCUAAUCUACAAAUUAGGGGCAGGUGAGUCCCAAGGGGAUAGCAUACUCUGCUAGGUGUUAAACCUGGGUUCUUUCUCUCUGCCACUGACUUGCCACGGUGAGACCUUGGUCACAUCUCUUAAACACUGUUUGAUUUCCCCAGUUGUAAAAUGGGGCGAAAGAUGCUUCCUUUUAAAGUGCUUUCAGAUGAAAAAUGCUAUAGGUGCUAAUCAAGAAAAAUGUGGGCAAACUCUUGUGCGCUCGCUAAAAAUGAAACAAAAAAAAAACUUCCACGCCUUAAUACAAAAAAGCAAAAAAAGGGGGCCCACCCCCUCUUUUUUUUUUUUUUUGCACGUCACUCUUUAAAACCAGUGACCAAUAAAACAAACACUGGAGUUGCAGCCUCCUAUCCUUUUUU